CGAACUUAAGCAGAAACUUGCCUCUGAGUUAAACUCAACACCACACAGUUAGCUGGCAGCAAUUGACAAGUGCAGAGCUUUAACGCGUGUAUCUACGUAAUAGCGAAAUACAAACGAAAGCAAAUAAUCGCGAAACGAAUAAGUAAACGGUGGAGACCUACAGCAAUAUAAUGGCAACUUUGAUCAGAAAAUUGAUUAGCACUGGCAAUGCAGCCAGAGUAAUAGCGCCAUACAAUCAAGCUGUAGUAGCCGAUCGUACAGUAUACGUUUCUGGUUGCUUGGGUAUGGAUAAGACAACCAUGCAAUUGGUGCCUGGUGGUGCUGCCGCUCAAACUGAAAUGGCCUUGAAAAAUCUAGAAGCAAUUCUCAUAGCUGCCGGCUCAGGCAUUGACAAGGUAGUGAAAAAUAGUGUCUUCCUUAAGGAUCUCAAUGACUUUGGCGAAGUUAAUGAGGCUUACAAAAAAGUGUUCUGUAAAGAUUUCCCGGCUCGCAGUUGUUUCCAAGUAGCUAAGUUGCCUAUGGAUGCUUUGGUCGAAAUUGAAUGCAUUGCCUUAACUGGUGACGUGAAAACGAUUAAUGCCCAAUGACUAGAUGAGGAAAAUAAUGAAAAUUAUUUCAAUGACUUAAUAUCAAAAUUAUAAUCUAAUAAAAUAUUUUAUAAAUAAAUAAAUUCAUUUAAAAUGUUUUGGAGAUCAAAGAUCAAAAUGCUCAAAAUUAAACCUUUCGUGUGGAUU